UGCUGCGUGGGGGUGAGGAGAGUUCAGGCCUGAGGCCGCCGAUGGUUGGUGUCUUGGGCCUGAGAUUGUCAGUUUCUGUCUGUCCGUCAGGAGAACAUGGAGGGGAGCAAUCUCUUCGUGAUGUUGUGCCUGCUGAUGCUGUUGGUGUUGUCUGAAUCCUCCAAGAGCUCUGAAGAUGUGCGAUGCAAGUGCAUCUGUCCUCCAUACAGGAACUUGACAGGCCACAUUUACAACAAAAAUGUCUCCCAGAAAGACUGUAAUUGUCUACAUGUUGUGGAGCCUAUGCCAGUGCCAGGUCGGGAUGUGGAGGCUUACUGUCUGCUGUGUGAGUGUAAAUAUGAAGAAAGAAGCACCACUACAAUCAAGGUGACAAUCAUCAUUUACCUUACUGUUGUUGGAGCUCUACUAGUGUAUAUGGCAUUCCUGAUGAUCGUGGAUCCACUUAUCCGAAAGCCAGAUUCAUACAUUCAGCCUCUGCACAAUGAGGAAGACACUGAGGAUACCCGUCCAUUUGCUCCAUCCCAUGGACAAGCUCGUGCCAACACUGUUCUUGAGAGAGUGGAGGGAGCCCAGCAAAGAUGGAAGCGUCAAGUACAGGAGCAGCGCAAGACUGUCUUUGACCGGCACAAAAUGCUCAGCUAAACGUCACUACUUUCAACUCUCUGUGGUUCAGGCCUAGUCAUGUUUUCACUUUGAAGCAUGAAAGUUGGUUUUAAAUCUAAAAACUUAAUGCUGUCUCCCAGCUUUAUUUUAACCGGUCCGGUUAAGUGCAUCACACAUCAAUGUGAAGCAUUAAACAGUUUGCAUGGUAUUCCCUUUGAGGAUAUGUCUGUGUAAAGUGAAUUCCUAAUGUCCUCUUUAAGUAUGGCUCCCUAAUUAAAUGUUCAAAAGAUUAAAAUUCUGCACAUGUAAGGAAGCCUCAGCAGCAAGAUAUAUAUUAGAGCUUCAUUGCCAAAACAUGGUCCAAGUUCUGCCUGCUUUGUCUGUUAAAGGGAUGUGGUGCUUGACGCAGUCCCCUCCUCUGAUGUGAAUUAAGGUGCUGCCCAUAGUCUUCUGCCCCAUUCACGUUACAACUAAAGGGGAGAUGCUUGCUCAUAUCCCCAAGGUGCCUCGAGAUUGCAGUUCAGAAUAAUCAAGUAUGGGGAAGGAAGGCCUGAGAGACAGCAGUAAGUGUUCAGAUUUUUUUCUUUUGCUUUCAUUGCCACUCCCUCUGUGAGUCUGUGUGUGUCUCUCUCUCUCUCUCUCUCUCUCUCUCUCUCUCUCUCUCUCUCUCUGACUCUUACAUUUAGAAAGAUAAGGUAUUCUUAUAUUUUGCACAGUUAAAAAACUGUGAAAUUUUGUGAAGUAAACAGUUUAUCUUUUCAAUAUAAUUGUCACUCCAAGGUAGCUUUGGUUUGCAAAUAGUCCUUCCACUGGCAAUGCAGUACCGGAGGUAAGUUAAAGUCACUUGUGUUAUAAAAUGAAAAUAAGGUUGAGCACUGCAAAAAACGGACUCCUGGCUUGCAUUUGCUGGAAGUGAUGGAUUAGCUGAAAAGGCACAAACUUCUCGUCCUUUCGCAGAGCGCUAUCAUCCAAGUAUUUUCUGGUUGUUGCUUGGUGAAGUUUCUGGUUUGUCAGCUGCCAUAUAGAUGCAAACACAGAGAAUGCUGGAGAAACUCCGCAGGCCUGGCAGCAUCUAUAGAGAGAGAAAGUGUUAAUGUUUCAAGCCCAGAAUGACUCUUCCUCAAACUUGUUUCCAGCAUCCAUAGUAUUUUGCCCCUAUCCUAGUCAUCCUUUAAUGUUAUUUUUAUUACUAUAGAGCUUGGCUUUAGAGCUCUUCAACUCUGGAUUCUAUCCUUGAUUUAUUACUUCUCAGCAUUUUGAAAUAUUUGUUACUUUGUAAGUUUGUUUAAAAGGAAUAUUCUUGGCCAACAUCUUUUGUGUCCUAGUAUUAAGUAGUUUUGUUGGAACAAAAAUGAAAACUCCCUUUGAGAUGUCUGGCUUAUUGAUUAAGGAUCUGCUACCUUUCUGAAUGAGUAGAAUAAUACUGUGGUAUGUAAAGGAUAGUCCAUCAUUCAGCCUCUGCUCCCAGUGGCCCAGGCUUCACCAGCGACUUGCCUACAGCCCAGGCCAGAAGACAAUUAAGCACAGGUUUGCUGGCCAUCUUACACAGCUGUAUGUUUUUAACAUCUGUAUUUCUAAUGGUCUGGUGAUGGAUUGCUCCCUUUGGAAGGAAUUUCCCAAUGUACAUUCACUUCUAUUGUCUUGCUCAUGUCUAAAUGCAAUUGCUGCUGUGCAACUCUUUGCAGUUCACAAAUGUGUAUAAAGCCCAAAAGCACAGUCCCUCUUUUUAUUCAAACGCGACAUAAAAUUGGACAGAUUUGUGUUGAAGUUAGACUACAUUCUGAGGAAGGGUCACUGGACCCGAAACGUUAACUCGUUUUUUUUUCCUUCACAGAUGCUGCCAGGCAUGCUGAGCUUUUCCAGCAACUUUGUUUUUGUACUUUCUGUACUGUGACCUGCAGUGAUGCUAAUGUGUUACCAUGUCAGUGAGCUCAUGAUGCAAGUUAUCAUCUCCUUAUUUCCAUACAGUCCCUCACUUCUGCACUGUUGAUCAAUUGAAGUAUUAAUUUGCUGUUAAGAAUUUACCUUGAAAUCCAUCAUCACUCCUUCCAAGCCAGCAACUAGUUGAAUGUGAACAAAUACUUUUAACAGAAGCAGCUAUAGUAGGUAAAAUAAUCAAGCUCUGUAUUUAUGGUGAUUUGGACAGAAAUCAAUCAUUUUUAAUGUGAUAUGUUGAACUUGUAUUAAAAUGGAUGACAACCAUGCUUUAAUAAUCCAAGUCAUUGCACCAUGGAAUGGUUGAACACAACUGUGUAAUGGGUUUCUGGGAUCGGUUAGUUUAUUUGGGAGGACUGGGAGCACAGUAACGUUUGCCAAGGUCUGAUGAACAAUUUGCCUCUCUGCUGUCUGUUGGUAUGUGAUGUACUAUAGCACUGGGUACAAGCUGGUUUAUGAUGCUGAAUGACACCGACAGCAUGGAUUCAAUUCCUGUACCAGCUGAGGUUACCACGAAGCAUUCUCCUUCUCAACCUCUUCCCUCCCCUGAGGCAUGGUGACUGUAGGAUAAACCACCAUCAGUUAUCUCUCUCUAAUGCGACAGUAGCCCUAUGGUCCAGUAAAACUGUGGUGACUUUACCUUUUGCCUUUACUUUGGAAAUUAUCUGUAGUUUGAGUUCUCCCUGUCGUACAUCUGUUGGAGGUGAGUAACUGACCAAGUAGAAUAUAUUUGAUUCAGACAACCUACUGAUCAUAUUUGAGCAAGUUAUAUUCGCAUUGAACAAGCUUUUAUCUUCUAGCCUGGUGUAAAAGAGUGCCUUCAUGUGUCAUUUAAAACAGCCCUUAACAGCCCUCUUGCCUUGUAUGUUUAAAGAGUUGGUAAAAAGAGAGCCAGCAGGUUGAUCCCUCUUCAAACAUGAAUUUUGCAGGAAUUCAUCAAAUGCACUUCUUAUCCAUCAAAAAUGGGUCCUUCAAUUUUAAAUAAAGGAACACCUGAAAGAGGAAGUAAGUUUUGGGAAGCGGCACAGUGAAGCAAAAAAGCAAAAGCAAAAUUAAAAUAUUAGGUAUUAAAGGAUGUUUGUGGUGCCUGCAAAUUGGUGAGUUCAUGAGUUUCAACAUUUUUCAAAGUUUGUGGGUAACUUGCCUUAAGCAAUUUGGCAAGAGGGAUUCUGUAACUGUUAGUUAAAGGCUUUGAUGUGUUAAGUCUUUUAGUCUAGCCUCGGUUUAGCAUGGCUGUGGCCUUGAAAUCUUCCUGCUCUUUGUUGCUAGUCCUGUGAUGAUCUAUGGACUCACUAAUACCUGAACCUUAAUUUUGUUUCUGUGAUCAGUUUUCAAUUGAUUUCAGUAUCUAAAUAUUUUACCUUUGAUUAAGAGAUGGGAAAGUAGAUAAAAGGUAUUAUCACCCAUCUUUCUCUCCAGACUAGGCUUCCAUUGGCUAGUCAUGUUAUACCCCUGUUGUUUCAGGAAAAGUUUUUUGAAUCUUUUUGAAGAUCAUUGGUUGCUGAAACGUUUUGAGGGUGACUGUCUAUUUGAAUCAAAACCUUUCUAACAUGUCACUGGAAUCUCCUUGGUUUAGUUAGGGUGAGUGACUAGACAAUGCUGAUGUGUGUACCACUUGUGCUGGAAGUUUCUGUGUUGCAUUUCUGUAAAAGAAAAGAAUUACAACUUGUGAUUAUGUCUCCUCAGCACAAAAUACUUUGGAGUGUAAUGUGUGAGUAUUAAUUUUAGUGAGUUUUUUUCAUGGUAAAAUACUGGACCUCCGAGUUACAGGAGUAUCCAUUUCUUUACAUAGGGAAGUGGAAGGCCAAGGCACAAUGAAUAAAUCACCUCGAGUAAAGUCAAAGUCUAUUUUGUUAUGCUGAUGGGCUGCCAAUAUUUUAAAACAAAUCGUAGAGUGUGUCUGUAUUUAACAUCAGACAGUUCUAAUGUCUGGGACAUCAGUCAGCAGAUCAUCACCUGCUGACAUUAGUAAACAAAUCUAGCGGCUGCCCUUCCAAUCAGCUAGUCUGGACUUUGAGUACUCUCUAAUCCGUGGACCAACUCAGAUUUUUGUGUAAUGUUCAGAUUUAUCAACUCUGGUUUAAUUCUUCUUGGCUUAUUUUCCUCUGAAAAUGAAAUGAGCCACCAGCUGCAAGGCAUGUUCUGUAACCUGUUGCUGUAAAACUAGACAGCACUUCAUCACUAUCUGAUUUGUAAAGCUGGCACAAUAAAUGUAAACUGUAAAAGCUACUAGGUUUCACUUUGUUAGGUUUUUCCAUAAUGGUAUGACUGGAUGCAGCAACUGUUAAUUAUUGCCUACAUAAUCGCUACAUGUCAAAUGUAAUUCAUUUUGUGGAGUGUUUUUAGAUGUUUCAAUGUGAUAAUGUGAUUUAUGAAUAUGCAAAUUAAUAUAUACCCUAGUCAUUACACUGUAACUUCCACAAAUUUACUGCAAAAGAAUUACUUGAGAUUGUAGAUUUAUUUGUUAAUCAAAAUAUCUUAUUUCUGAACCGUAAUCCACACUUGUUGUUUCAACUAGGAAUGUACAACAUCAUUUUACUUUGAGACUUGUAUUCAUCUAAUGCUGUCUGAUUACUUAUAUUCUAGAAAGUCUUUUGAUUCUUUGAAUAGCUAUUCCUUGAAUAAAUUUUGAUUUAUAGUAAAUUCAGUAUGGAUUCUACCCCAGUAUGAAAUCUGCAGAAUAAGUCACCUGAGAGAGGACCAGAACUAAACCUCUGGUGACUGGGAUGUAUGUUAUCAUGAGAUCCGAGCAUGCCAGAUCAUCUGUUCACCUUUGCUGUUUGUAACAGGAAGGAGGAGGCACAUCUACUUUGAUUUUGUCAUGUCACCACACAUAGUUUGGGGCAAGAACCUACAUACGACGUAGGAAUCUUUGGGGAUGUUCUGUAGCUGAGCAAGUAAAUCUAGGUGCAGCUUUUUCAUCUGCAGAUAAGUAUUUAUUCCUGCAGGAAUAUCUUUUAUGGAAGUGUGUAAAGGCACUGCAUUAUCUUGAAUAUCUUUUUUUUUAAUGUGUUGCAGAAUCUAAUGGUCUCACUGGUACUUGAGUUUAAUGCCUCACUUGUUCCACGUGAAUCACUGAUUUGAAGUGGAAAUCAUUUUGUUGUUUAAUUCCAAUAUUUUUUUGCUGCUGUAGAAGUGACUUGUUUAAUUCUCAAUUUUAUGCACUGCAAGAGGAGUCAAACAUCUAAAUAAAGAUCGCAAAAAGCUUCAA